AAGUAUCUUGUUCCCUUGACAACAACAGAUUUACGAGAAGAUCAAAAUGGCGGACACGAACAGAGAAGAGAGCGCUCGUGAAUACCUCAAAAAACACAAAAUCAUGGAGCUAUUGGACAAUCUAACAUCACACUUGAUAUAUGAGCGACCUGAGGAGCCCAAGGAGUAUAUGUGUCACUACCUUGAGAAGCUGAGAGACGCACGGACAGCCCAGAGGAAUUACCCUUGUCUCUUUGAUGACAGCAAUGUCCGUUCAUUGUUUGGGAUGCUGGAUGUUACUGGAAAGGGGUUUAUUACUUACGAACAGUACAAAGAAGGACUUGAUACCCUUGGUGUAGAUAAAUUUAAUCGUGAUCCUCCUGGGGCCGACAUUGACAAGAUAACCAGUGAGACGUUCCUAAAGGAAGCGAGACAAGGCCUUGCUCAAGCAUCUUCAACAUUUCUGAUCUAAAUAGCCAUGGUUGAAUAGAUAGAUAGUAAAGUGAAGAAAAUAAGACCAACACCAAAUCUUAUAUUAUGCCUUUUACUCUGUCAAUAGUCACAUUAAAUUGAUCUUUGUAAUAACAACAUUAAUAACAACGACCCUAUUUACAGGUCAAGCAAUGUACAUUGUGUAUAAUAACAAUAUGAUAUGUAUAUCCCAAUAACACAUUAUGUGUUUGUAAAUAAAUUAUUUUCAAUGUG